AUGGGUCAGUGGAAAACUGAGCGCAGCGAGAGGAAACCUGAGAGGAGAGCAGGGGGGGAGGAAGGGGGGAGGGGAGGACCGGGUACAGACCAGGGCACAGACCAGUGCACAGACCAGGGUACAGACCAGGGCACAGACCAGGGCACAGACCAGGGUACAGACCAGGGCACAGACCAGGGCACAGACCAGGGCACAGACCAGGGUACAGACCAGGGCACAGACCAGUGCACAGACCAGGGCACAGACCAGGGCACAGACCAGGGCACAGACCAGGGUACAGACCAGGGCACAGACCAGUGCACAGACCAGGGCACAGACCAGGGUACAGACCAGGGUACAGACCAGGGCACAGACCAGGGUACAGACCAGGGUACAGACCAGGGCACAGACCAGGGCACAGACCAGGGCACAGACCAGGGCACAGACCAGGGUACAGACCAGGGUACAGACCAGGGUACAGACCAGGGCACAGACCAGGGCACAGACCAGGGUACAGACCAGGGUACAGACCAGGGCACAGACCAGGGUACAGACCAGGGUACAGACCAGGGCACAGACCAGGGCACAGACCAGGGCACAGACCAGGGCACAGACCAGGGUACAGACCAGGGUACAGACCAGGGUACAGACCAGGGCACAGACCAGGGCACAGACCAGGGUACAGACCAGGGCACAGACCAGGGCACAGACCAGGGUACAGACCAGGGCACAGACCAGGGUACAGACCAGGGUACAGACCAGGGUACAGACCAGGGCACAGACCAGGGCACAGACCAGGGUACAGACCAGGGCACAGACCAGUGCACAGACCAGGGUACAGACCAGGGCACAGACCAGUGCACAGACCAGGGUACAGACCAGGGCACAGACCAGGGCACAGACCAGGGUACAGACCAGGGCACAGACCAGGGCACAGACCAGGGCACAGACCAGGGUACAGACCAGGGCACAGACCAGGGCACAGACCAGGGUACAGACCAGGGCACAGACCAGGGCACAGACCAGGGUGUGUCUGUGAGGAGUCUAAAUGCAGCCUGGAUGGGUCCUGUGAGGAUCCGUGGAGGAGCCGCUGUUCCUCUUGGCUCAGCUGCACUUCCUUCUGUCAGAUGGAUGGAAUACUCAGACAGACUCAAGAUCAGAUUUAGAAAAUACAAAUUGAGCCUGAAGGGAGAGCAGUAG